AUGGACAAGUCACACCGUGCAUCCUCAUCCUCAUUCUUAUUACCAGACAGCCCACCUCCGGAGAGGGAGCUGAACUACUGGGAACAGCAGAAGCAGCAGAAGAAGCAGCAGAAAAGCCUCAGCUCAGCUACAACAUCAGCUGUCGCCUCCACCUCUGGCGCCUCCUCAGAUCCCUUGAAGAAACAAGGGAUCUUCGUCCAAGAUGAGGAUUCCAGCAUCAUCAUCCCAGACAGCAGCCCUCUCCCGCAAGCUACUUGGGCACCACGCCGAGCGGCCCUCACAUCGGUACCCGCCCCCAAGCAGUCAGUUAAGCGGGGGUUGUUUGUCGACGACGAUGAGGAGCCCGGCGUCCUCACUCAAUCAAAGAAACGUGUGGUGGAUGAGGACAGCUCCAUAACGCCUCUUUUGCGGGAGGAGGAGGAAGCGGAGAACGAGAUGGAGACGGAGGAGUUGCUUGCGAUUAUUAAUCGGACAGAGAGAAACGUGGACGCCUCUCCGGCAGUUGGUGGAGAACACGCCGUACCCCAUCGUGGCGGUACGCCAGAUUACCAACCAACAUGGUCGGCGCAUAAUAUUAAAAGUCCAUUUGACAGCUUCACGACUGACAGACAUAUACAUGCCGGAGAGGUACACCCAGGGUUUGACCUCUAAAGACGUCGAUCAUUUCGACAAAAAUUGCAAAAAUCUUUGUCUCUUUGUGAAGCAUGUUAAUGCUUUUUUAACUGACAUAAAUAUUGUCAAGUGUAAAAUUAGCAAAUUUGGCAUUUGACAAUAUUUAUCUCGGUGGGCAUUAACAUGCUUCACAUGUUAAUAUGUAUG